AUGGACGUUUGGGACUCAGUCGCACGCAAUUUGGCCACCAUGGGCGAGUUUGACCGCCCACAAUUCGACGGAAAGAAAGCGCAAGCCAGAUUUCUUAUCCUCUUACGGGACCAUCGUGAGAGCAACAACGCUUCGCAACGAGCCUCGGGUGCUGCCGAGAAUGUCACCGAAAAGAUCAUCUUGUUACAUGAUAUUUGCAACCAAGUCGGCGAAGCCAAGCGAGAAGAAAACAACUGUCUGACGCAAGAAUACGAAGAAGCCUCAAAAGUCGAAGAGAAUGGGGCCUUCGUGCGCGAAGAAGCGAUGAAGUCGCAAAGAAAGCGAAUGAUGAAGGAUGAAGACGACUCCGGCGGGGGCUAUGGCGGCAAAAUGUUGAAGCAAAGGUGCUUGGAGAUUGGCAAACUUAUUUUUGAGAAGUAA